GAGAAGAAAGUGUUCACCUUUAUCACAAUAAGUGUGAAUCACCGAAGCGGAGGCGAUCUCCUGGAUUCAUGGCGACGCGUGACGUUGUAAAGGGUCCGUCGAGGAUGGCCCCUAAGGUCUUGUUUUAUUCAGUAUUGCUUACGGUUCAGUACGGAGCUCAGCCUCUGAUCUCCAAACGCUGCAUCGGGAAGGAGGUUAUUGUAACUUCAUCUGUUUUGACUUGCGAGAUUGUUAAGGUCAUAUGUGCUCUAGUACUCAUGGCAAGAGAUGGUAGCUUGAAGAAAUUAGCAAAAGAGUGGACUCUGAUAGGUUCCUUAAUUGCAUCAGGACUCCCUGCAGCCAUAUACGCACUCCAGAACAGCUUGCUUCAGAUCUCAUACAGGAGUCUUGAUUCCUUGACAUUUUCUAUUCUCAAUCAGACCAAAAUCUUUUUCACAGCAUUCUUUACAUUCAUCAUACUAAGACAGAAGCAAUCAGUUCAACAAAUAGGAGCUUUAUGUUUAUUAAUCAUGGCAGCAGUUCUUCUAAGCGUUGGUGAAGGGUCCAACAAGACUUCUUCAAGUGGUGUUAAUCCGGAAGAAGUGUUGUUUUAUGGGAUUAUACCGGUUUUGGUAGCCUCUGUGCUCUCCGGUUUAGCUUCUUCCCUAUGUCAAUGGGCUUCUCAGGUCAAGAAGCAUUCAUCAUACUUAAUGACGGUUGAAAUGUCUAUUGUUGGAAGUCUCUGCUUGUUGGUGAGUACUCUUAAGUCUCCUGAUGGUGAAGCGAUUAAAAGACAUGGUUUCUUUCAUGGUUGGACUGCUUUAACCAUGGUCCCAGUUAUAAGCAAUGCUCUUGGUGGGAUUCUUGUUGGCCUAGUUACAUCACAUGCUGGUGGUGUAAGAAAGGGGUUUGUGAUUGUGUCGGCGUUACUUGUGACGGCUCUGCUGCAGUUUGCGUUUGAAGGAAAGCCACCUUCAUCGUAUUGCCUUGUGGCUCUUCCUCUUGUGAUCAGUAGUAUCUCAUUGUACCAGAAAUAUCCUUACCUAGACAAGAAGAAGAAGAAGGUCUAAGAACCUUAGCAUCUUCUCAGAUUCUGCUAAAUAUCUAGAUGACAGUGAUUCUUGGACUGUUCACAUGAAUUUGUAUUAACACAGUGAUAGUUAAUACAUUGAAUUGAGUCUUGUAAUGAUAUGAAUCCGAGCUUUGAUUACCAAAGAUGUUUACCAAAACC